GGGACAAAAUUUUUUGGGCAAAGUGAACAAUAAUUAUGGAUCGGAGGAGUACAUUUUAACUAAAUUCAUGGGAAUCACCCACUUUGUAUGUGCAACCACUGUGAAACAAACUUAACAAAAGCAUGGAGAGUUGUAUUAUCUUCUUUCUUUCUUGAUUCAGCCUAUUAAAAAUCUCGCAAUUCCAUCUCCUCUUUACGAAACCUCCCUCCUCCUCCGCCACCCCCAACAUUCUUCCUUCCUCCAGCCGGGAAUUUUUUUGCAAUGGAUUCCAUCGCCAAGAACUAUUUUGUCAUCAAUGUUCUCCUCUUUUUCCUAUUCUUAGUAGCCAUUAUUUCACUUUAUAACUGGACUCCAGGCCUAGUAUCUAUUCUACCACUCAACUCCACAUUGAUGAGAACUCACACUGAUCAUGUGAGUUCACUUUACAUUUUCAACUUUUUAUACUUUGUUGUCAAUUGAUUUUGAGUUGGACAUCUGUAUAAAUUAAUCUCUUUGGCAGGGAUUGAACGAUGAGCUAGAAGAAGUAUUGUCGAAGGCUUCGACGGAGGACAAGAUGGUGAUCAUUACCGUAGUGAACAAGGCGUAUGUUGAGCCGCAUCACGAUCAAUAUCCGACCAUGUUUGAUAUUUUUCUCGAGGGUUUUUGGGUCGGAGAAAGAACGCAAUUUUUGCUCGAUCAUUUGUUGGUGGUUUCCAUGGAUCAAACGGCUUACAAUCGAUGUUUGUUUAGGAGAUUGAACUGUUACAGAUUGAUAACGGAAGGUGUCGAUUUUACGGAAGAAAAGCUAUAUAUGACGGCAGACUUUAUCAAAAUGAUGUGGGCUAGAACGGCUUUUCUCCUCGACGUUCUCAAGCGAGGUUACAGCUUCAUAUUCACGGACACAGAUAUAAUAUGGUUAAGAGAUCCAUUUCCAAGACUGAAAAUGUACAAGGAAAUCGACGACAUGCAAAUGAGCACGGACCGAUUCAACGGGUAUCCAAGCUCAACGCAAAACUCAAUCAACACCGGAUUUUAUCACGUUAGGUCGAACAACAAGACCAUAACGUUAUUCGAAACCUGGUACGGCAGAAGAACCAGUUCCGCCGGCAUGAAAGAACAGGAUGUUCUGGCCAAAUUGAUCACAAAAGAAGGCGUGAUCGACAAACUAGGGUUGAGGGCAAGGUUUCUGGACAACGAUCAUUUCAGCGGGUUUUGUUCGGACAGCAAGGAAGUCAAUGUAGUGGUCACCGUCCAUGCCAACUGCUGCCGGAGUAUUGGCGCCAAGGUGGCGGAUUUGACUAGGGUGUUGAAAGAUUGGAAGACUCUUAGAGAUCCAAAUAACACUAGUAAUGCUACCACUUGGUCAAAGCAUGAAGCCUGUGGGAAGGCUUGGACGCUGCCACCUUCACUUCUGACCUAACCAAAGUAGCUUCUUCUUCUUCUUUUUUAUUAUUAUUUUUUUAAAUUUUAUAUUUUUAUUUACAAAUUAAUAGUUGUAUCUUUGAAUAGGAAGUUAAAAGAAUUGACUUGAUGGAGUAGUAUACAUAUAAUUGAAUUACGUGUGUAUCGGAUUUGAGGACAUUAGUAGUGUUGGAUUUGAGGAAAUCAGUAUAUUCAUGAGACAAUAUACGAAAAUGUUUUAAUCUAAUGAAGCUUCGUAGUUUCUCUAAGGGGAUUUAAAUGGUAGUACGUAAAAAAGUAAAGAAAAGCUCAUUUG